AUUACCUCAUCGAACUAAAAUAGAUUCUUUGGAUUCAUUCGAUUUAUUCGUUAAACAAGUUCAAAAUGAAUGUUUUCAAAUAAUUGAACAUACAUAUUUUCCACUUCAAAACCUGAUUAAUUAUUUUAACUCUAAUCAAACAUCUUCGAUUAUUCCAUUUCUUAAUAUAUUAUUCGAUUUUAUAACUUACUCAACGGAUAAUGAUCUUCAAUCAAUAAAUGAUACACAUUUUGAAUCAAUAUCAUUAACUAAAUUUGAAAAUAUCGUCAAAUUUCAUUUGAAAUCAGUAUUUUUUUUUGAUUCAACAUCUCCAAAUCCCACAAUGUCAUGUUCUUUUAUUUGUUCAAAAGAUCUUUUCGAUUUAGCAACAAUUGAAGAUAUAUCUCAGCAAUUUCAAGAUCUUCUUUCACAAUUAUUUAAUCGAACCGCAAAUACAAAUACAACAACAAUAUCACAAUUAUCUCGUCAUUCAUUAAAACAAUCAAAAGAAAUGCAUAAACUUAAUUUCAGUCGAUUAUCAAAUAUUUAUAAUCAUGGUAAAAAUAUUUCUUCAAGAAAGCUCCCAAAUAAAUUUAAACAAAAACCUAGAGACUACGUCAAAUGGAAAAAUGAGAAUUGA